AUGUCUUUCUCCAAGAUUGCCGGUGUUGUUCUCGGCUCGGCCGCUCUGGUCGCUGGUCACGGUUACGUCUCCGGUGCCGUUGUCGACGGUACCUACUACGGUGGAUAUCUGGUUACUCAGUACCCCUACGAGUCCAGCCCUCCCGACACCAUUGGCUGGUCCGAUACUGCCACUGACUUGGGUUACGUCGACGGCUCUUCGUAUGCUUCUUCGGACAUCAUCUGCCACAAGAGUGCUGAGCCCGGUGCCAUCUCCGCCCCCGUCGCGGCCGGUGGCAGCGUUGAGCUCCAGUGGACCGAAUGGCCCUCGUCUCACCACGGCCCCGUCAUUACCUACCUGGCCAACUGCAAUGGCGACUGCUCCUCUGUCGACAAGACCACCCUGAAGUUCUUCAAGAUCGACGAGAGUGGCCUCAUUGAUGACACCACCCUUCCCGGCACCUGGGCCUCGGACAACCUGAUCAGCAACAACAACAGCCGCACCGUCACCAUCCCCAGCAGCAUUGAGGCCGGUAACUACGUCCUCCGCCACGAGAUUAUCGCUCUCCACUCGGCCGAGAACUCCAAUGGUGCUCAGAACUACCCCCAGUGUCUCAAUCUGAAGGUCACUGGCGGCGGCAGCGACUCUCCCACCGGCACCCUCGGUACCGCUCUGUACACCAACACAGACCCUGGUAUCCUGGUCAACAUCUACCAGUCCUUGAGCUCCUACACCAUCCCUGGCCCGGCUCUGUACACCGGUGCUGCCUCUUCCUCGGACUCAACCACUACCGCUGCCUCCGUGGCUGCUACCACUACCGCAGAGGCUGCUACCACUGCUGCUUCCUCGUCUACCGUGGCCUCCGUCGGAGUGAUCUCCAGCGCUUCCCCCGUUAGUGUCACCCCCAGUCCCAGUGCCACCCCCAUUGGGAGCCCUUCAUCCAUCCCGUCCUUCUCCAACUCCACCCGCCUGCCCCGUCCCUCGCACGGUCGUCGUCCAGGCCACGGUGCCGCUCCCUCGGGCCGUCCCCAGUUCUCUGCACCCUCCGGCACUGAGAACCAGGCUUCCACCGUCACGGAUUAUGCAACUGCUACCGAAUAUGCCACUGCCACUGUUUCAGCUCAGUUUACUGACUCGCCCAAUGUCCAGACUCCUAGCGCCGAUGACACCGUCACAGUCACCGCUAGCGCUGGAGGCCAGGUCGCCGCUAGCUCGACUGCUUCUGCCAGCAGCUCGGACUCUUCCUCUACUUCGUCUUCGUCCUCCUCUGGCUCCACCAGCUCUGGCUCUAGCUCCUCUUCCGGAUCUAGCUCCUACAACUCCAGCGACUGGUCCUCCUACCUGAGCUCCCUGAGCGCUGAGCAGUUCCUCAACUUGCUCCGUCAGACCCUCAAGUGGCUCGUCAGCGACAAGAAGGUGCACGCGCGUGAUCUGACCGUUUAA